UCAUUUUCAGACCAAUGCAGUAUCACAAUUAUGAACGACGCCAGGAUCCAAAAGGAAAAAAUAAACUUGAAUUCGUGUCAAAAAUAUUUUCCACGAAAAAGAAGAUAAAAAGAGUAAAAAACUCCACAUCCAAAGAGAGUGCAUCAUGUACGAACAUAUUCACCUCAACAUAAGGGAGAAAAACUUUUCGUUUUUCACAGACAAUGAGGCAGCAUACCAAAUUAAAGAUUCAAUGGAAGAUGAACAGUACACAGACACACCCCAGUACAAUGUCUUGUUCGUGGAGAGCCCUUUGGUGCAUCAGCAAGGUGACCAUUUUAAACCGGACGUCCAGUUUAACAGCACUGUUCCGGGAUCCAAUAAGAUUAACGCAAGUGACAAGGCCAAAGUAAUUGAAGAGAUGCAAAAGAAUCCAACAUAUUUUGAAGUGGUGAAGAUGGAAGACAAGGGUACUGACCCAUGGGAAGCAAUGAGCCAAGUUGAGCGUAAAGUCAUGGUGGACAAGGGCACUGACGCUGUACAUCCAAUUGAAUGCAAGUUUGUCGUCUUGUGAAAAAGAUAAGGAAAAACUUAAAAACCAACUGCAUGACAAAGAAAAAAUAGUAAAGUCCAGUUUGGAGGAGGGUGGAAUCUUGUUGGAAGACAUUGAGAGAUUGAAAAAGCUCUUGUCGAAUUCUGGGAAAAUAGCAGAGAUUAUUGGAGCAAAA